AUGGCCGGAUGCUUGGAUCAAUUCAACUAUAACUGUGAUAUUGACUGGGAUUCGAAACGAAAUGCUUUUUUCAUUGGGUGGUGGCUCUUGAUCGAUACGGCAGCAAUUUAUACACCAGUUGGUCAAUGGAACAAUGUUUAUAUUAUCGUUACUGUAUGUGGAACUGUUGCGAUGUUCAUGGUGAAUGCUGUUUCAAAUAGCCAAGUUCGAGGGGAAUCUAUGAACGAAAAUAUUUUGGGUACCAAAGGAUCUCGCUUAUGGCUAAUGCUCGGUUUUGUGCUUUCGUUUGCAUCGCUAGUUGCUGCUUUAUGGAUUAUGUUUGCGGAUUAUGUGUUGGUAACAGGUGAUCAUCCGAUAUGGCCCGGAGUUGCACUGUUCCUUCAUAAUUUUCUGAUUUUCAUCUCUUCGCUUGUAUAUAAAUUUGGUCGAACUGAAGAACUGUGGGGAUAA